AUGAAAGCCUCCGUCAUCUACGGCCUGGCCGCACUUUUCGGUGCUUCCCGCGUCAUCGCUGACUGUGUUGAGGGUCAUUGCGAGACAAUUACCCCAGACUAUAUUGUGGAGCAUAAGUGCAACAUGUAUCGCACGGGCACCACCCACGAGAAGGUCGCUUCCGCCAAGGACUGCGCUGCCCUUUGCCAGGCUGCUGGCGUCGGGGUCUGCCCAUACCACCCUCCCCCCAAGAAAUGCAUUGUCUCCAAGCCCGAUGGAGAAGAUCGCACCAGAGCAGACGUCAUGUACAUUACCAAGGUUGAGAUCGACGACCCCUUCGUUGAGCCUGAUCUUUUUGCCGAGACUGAUGCAGAGGCCAAAGAAGCUUGCCUUGCGCGCGAGGCUGCGCUCGAGUCUGAGCUGUGCUCAACCGAUUUGGCCGCUUGCAAGGCCGGAUGCGCUGCUGUCGGAGACGGUACGACAUGCCGCUCCUACGCCCACGAUGGCGGAAGCCCUGGAACCUGCCUUCUGUACUACAAGCACAUUAGGGAGUUGCAACCUACUGGUAACUUCAAGGUUGAAGGCGCAUGGCGCUCGUGGGAUAAGGAGUGUUAA